ACGGGAGAGGAGAGGCUUAAUACGAAUAAACAACACGUGUGAGGUUGACGCUGGCUGGAGAUAGACGGAGCCAUCCAUCCCUGUAAUUUGGCUGGAAUGGAUUGAACCCACUUUGUUCUUAACUAAGUAAGCAAGCAACUGGUACUGACCCGGAUAUUGCCAGGCACUAAUUGUUUACCAUCAAGUUCUGCCCGGUUGUAGUUUUCAGAACCAGAGGAUUCUAGGUUUAUCUGGGGCAGGGCGUGUGCCCUGCAGCUCGUGUCCCUCCAGGUGGGGGGCAUCCAUCCAGCAGCCCCACUUCCCUUCUCCCUACCCCUCUGGCCUUCAGUUCCAUUCCAUGGGGGUGGAUGGCAUGUAUGAGAAGAGCAGAAUGCUGAACAUACAGAACAGCACGUGGGGCAGCCGCCAAGAGUGGUACCAAGACAGUUUGGUGACAGGACCACCCAACCCUGAUAGUUGCCAGCAGCUGGAGAGUGGCCUGGACCCUGAGCACCCGCAAGGCGCAAGCACCCAAGACCUAGAUGAGUCCCAAAUCCGUUUGCAGCUGAAGCGCAAAUUGCAAAGGAACCGGACAUCUUUCACCCAGGAGCAGAUAGAGGCGCUGGAGAAAGAAUUUGAGCGCACUCACUACCCCGACGUCUUCGCCCGCGAACGCCUGGCAGCAAAGAUUGACCUCCCGGAGGCCCGGAUCCAGGUCUGGUUCUCCAACCGCAGAGCUAAGUGGCGCCGGGAGGAGAAGCUGAGGAACCAGAGGCGCCAGGCGGGGGGCACCGGGGGCCACCUGAGCAUAAACAGCAGUUUUGGCUCCGCGGGCAGCACUGUCUACCAGUCCCUCCCCCAGCCAACGGGGUCAGGCACCAUGUUGAGCCGUACGGAAAGCGCCCUCAGCAACAACUAUGGCGCCCUUCCGCCCUUGCCCACCUUCUCUAUGGCCAACAGCCUCCCUAUCCAGCAGGCCGUACCCCCCGUGGCCAGCCAGACGUCGUCUUACUCCUGCAUGCUCCCCGGCGGCUCGUCAGUGCGAAGCUACGAUUCAUACACGCCCUCCCAGCUCUCCUCUCAUAACCUGAGCUCCAGCAACGGGGCCUCUACUGGGUUAAUCUCUCCAGGAGUGUCCGUUCCUGUCCAAGUCCCUGGUGGGGACCCUGACCUUGCCCAGUACUGGCCAAGGUUACAGUGAGGAAAGAAGUGGA